AAUUCACUGACGUCCUAUGGUGUAGUAUGAUAUUGCUUGUGCAGAGAUUCAUUGAAAUGGGAAUUUCAUUUCCUCUCCAUAAUUUGUUGUAUGAAAUUGAGCUUCCAAGCAAACAUUUCCUCACAUGGAGGGAAUGCUCAGGUGGAUCUGUGUUGACGUUCAACAUGUUUAAGUGUGUGUUUCAUGAAAGGACUGAACCGUGCUGACCUGACAAGUAGUGUUGGUGACGUGUGUAUUUCACUGAUAACGAAUGGGACCAUGUCAUGUAGAUACAGAUACUUAUUAUCAAAGUUUCAAAGCUCUUGCACUUCUCACUUGUGUGUUGGUUGGCAACAGUGUGUCACACUUGCCUUCAUAUUUGAAUGUGUGACAAAUAUCAAAAUUGUUGCGACCACUUAAAAAAAUGUGACAUAGUCUGAAUGUCAUCUUGAUCCAACUGGAUACUGAGACUGAAUACUGGGACGAUACGACAGAUUACUUCACUGGUGUCCAUUAUCAGUCAUCUGAGACUCCUUUAGCUCUCUAUAUGUAUACAACAGUUGAUGUGAAACAUUGGACUGUUCGCUUGAUGAGUCUGUUGUUUUGGUGCUGAAUAGGACACUGUUUUUCUGUGAACAAGCUGUGUACAUGUGAAUCAAUACCAUAACUAUAGGUGGGAAUAUAUAACAUGCCCUGCUUGGCAAGUAAUUCAGUUGGACUAGACUAACAGUGGAGCCCUGAUGCAUGCUUGAUUAUUCUAUGGGAAUCCUGGUGCCACUGUACACGAUACUGCAGGUAUUUGAGUCAGAAGCUAGGCUGUGCAGCCAGCUGGUGGAGAUUCUUCUUCCCCAGCUACCAGUUUGUUUACCUCACAGACAUCCACUCACACAACAAAGAAUCUCAAAAACUAAGACAUUAGCCAUUUUUACAUGUGCAUAGCUGGAGGAAUUUGAUAUAGUGUUUCUGUGUUGAAUUCUCGGUGUGACGUGACCUGAAAGCCGUGUGCUCUGCAAGGAGGCUGCGGACUGCAAUACAGCCAAUAAUUAAUGUUUUAUUGCUGUUGGUCAUUAUGUUUUGACAGUGUACCUGGAGAACUGCUGGGUGUAUGUGGAGGUAGAUUUAGUCCAUAUUGUCGAGUGUGAGAGGGGAUCCCUCUGGCUCUGGGGAUUUGAACUACUUAGUGGUUCUCGGUUGACUGUGUUAAGCGUGUAAUUGACAGUAAGUAGGAUUGGAAGUUGGAGCCCUGUGACCACUGUCUGAGCAUAUCUGUACAGACUCACAUACACAGCAUGAGGUUCCAAGCUGCAGGGGAACACCCACCACACUGAAAGACGUUCAUAUAUCGACUGGUUUGUAUUCACUCCGAUCACAGCCCUACAUUCUUGGGCAAUUGCUGUCCGCACGCUUCCUUCACUGACGUAAAAGAAACAAUUGGCUCGGUGGAAGCAACCUUUGGGAAGAGUUGUUAAACAGAGUAGUGCUCAGGAGACAGAGCCUAGCUUGCGUAAAUGGUAGAAGUAAGCACCGGACGUCGGAAGUAGAAUUAGUGUGAUAGUCUGGAUGGGGACUGUGACAGGUGGAAUACAGUGUUUCUAGGGGUCAAUCCUCCUACUUUCGACUUUGUGCGUCUGCUCGUGGUUCAGGCGGUUGCACUCCUCUCCCACACAGAUAUCAUUGGCGUAGGUAUUGAUUAACAGCUUCUGAGAUGUGGAUCACGAUCCAUUGAAUACCGCGCAGCUUAAAAACAUUUUCAUGUGAGUUGCAACGUGAGGAUGACUCUUUCCAGUCCGGACUAGGAGAGUUGUAGCCAGGAAGCUGGCAGCUGGCAGAACCCUUAUCACUUGGUCACUGGUGACUACCCUGUGUCCAGAGGAGCUGCUGCUGACCAGAAUGGUGACCAGGGUCAUGGUACUCCAACUCAUCCAUGCUUCCAGGUUUCGUUUGCAAUAUUAACAGUAAAAGAUGGGCUAAUGCGCUGUGAUCAUAAUAUGGAGAAAUACCAACAAGAACAAUUCCAUAUUUUAUUGAUACCAGCUUGAGUCUGGUCAUACCAACAGGAUCAUGUCUCAGAAUGGAAGAUCGGAAGCCAUUACUGGAUAUCAGUGUAUUCCAAACGAACUGAAACUGAACGAGUCAACGGUAUACGAAGAGGAGGUUCCGGUAAUCGUACGAAGAAGAGGAUGUAUGCUCCGAGUCCGGAUAACAUCCUUCACGGACACAGAAUCCGAGGGAGAUGCACCCAUCACUGGUCUUAAGUAUGUGGGACGCCGGAGACAUUCUGAUUUCGGCCCCCUUGCCUCGCCGUCCCCGCUACCGUCACCGCUCCUGAAGAAGUGUCGUGAUGACCUGCCAUUCAGCAUCCCUGGAAGCCUCCGGCGACUGCAGCGCACUUUGUCCGAAGAUGCCAAACAACGGCGCCGAGAGAGCAUGCCCUCAACACCAACCGGAACCCAGCCUAUUUCCCACAUGGGUCAUAGUGUGGGUGCCUUGAUUGAGCCAACCAACUUACUGCGGAUGAGGAACACUAUCCUAGGGCAGUCUGCUCCUUCCCUCUGUGCCAGUGUGAAGGAGCUGAGUGUGACAAGAAGGGGAAGUCGUAAGAAGACUGUCCAUGGAUCCACUACCUCGCCCACCUUACCUCAGAGAUGUCCCUCGCCACAGAUACUUGGAAGCCCACAUGAAAGCCCACGAAACCUGUCACCAAACCAACAUGCAAAUUUUGCAUUUCAAGCCAUUAAAAAGUGUGAUGGCCGUCGGUGGUCAUUUGCGUCCCUGCCAUCUUCUGGCUACGGCACCAACACCCCGGGCAGCUCCAAUUACUCAUCACGGUACUCCUCUCAGGAGAAGCUGCACCAGCUGCCGUCACAGCCGACGGCGGAGGAGUUGCGUCUUCUUUCGCGACAUUUUGGUAGUUCGGAAAACAAUGCAGCCGCUGCCAGCAUCGCAUCAGCGACCUUGGAGGACGAUGGAAGGUGCUCUCCCCUGAUGCGGCCAAGGUCAAGGAGCUUGAGCCUAUCCUGGCUUGCUCUAGAUAGUCCAGCUCGGUCCCCCGGUGGCGACUCGGAGAUCAUCAUCAUGAACAGCGUGUACAAGGAACGGUUUCCCAAGGCGACAGCCCAGAUGGAGGAACGUCUGCGGACGUUUGUUCGAGACAGCAGUAAGCUGGGUGAGGAGAAGGAGAAGGAUGCUGUGCUGUGCUUCAUCCACCAUCAGGUGCUGGAGCUGGCUCGGGACUGUCUGGAGAAGUCGAAGCAGAAGCUCAUCACCACCAACUACUUCUAUGAGCUGUCUGACAAUCUCGAGAAACUGGCCAACGAUGCGAAGGACAAGUCGGUUGAAGCCUACACACACGUGUACCCCCUCAUUAAACAGCUGCUCAUCAUCAUCUCGCGACCCGCAAGGCUCCUGGAGUGUCUGGAGUUUGACCCGGAGGAGUUCUACAUGCUGCUGGAAGCUGCAGAGGGAGAGGCCAAGCAGACCAUCAAGGCAGACAUCCCCCAGUACAUCAUCACCAAACUCGGGCUCAACAGAGACCCUCUGGAAGGUAUCCGAGACGUCCCUAUUGUGGAUGACCACUUUGAUGGCAAACUCCAAGAGGAAGAUGAGGACCCUGAGAGCAAAGAGAUUCAGAAGCUGAUGAAGCAAAAGCCUCCAUGUGAAGAAGACUUUGAGACAAUCAAACUCAUCAGUAAUGGUGCUUAUGCGGCUGUGUUUUUGGUGCGUCACCGAGAGAACAGGCAGAGGUUUGCCAUGAAGAAGAUCUGUAAACACAACCUGAUGCUGAGGAACCAGAUUGAGCAGGUGUUCCUGGAGAGAGACAUCUUGUCCUUCACAGACAACCCAUUCGUUGUCAGCAUGUACUGCAGCUUUGAGACAAAGAAGCACCUGUGUAUGGUUAUGGAGUAUGUUGAAGGAGGGGACUGUGCUACACUACUCAAGAACGUAGGUCCUCUGCCACUUGACCUGGCCAGGAUGUAUUUUGCUGAGACAGUGUUAGCCCUGGAGUACCUGCACAGCUAUGGCAUCGUGCACAGGGACCUCAAACCUGACAACCUACUGAUAAACGCUACUGGACAUGUGAAACUGACAGACUUUGGGCUCUCCAAGAUUGGUCUCAUGAGCUUGACCACCAACCUAUACGAAGGGGCCAUGGAUAAGGACUACAAACAGUUCAAGGACAAGCAGGUGUACGGUACACCUGAGUACAUCGCCCCCGAGGUCAUCCUCCGACAGGGAUAUGGCAAGUGUGUGGACUGGUGGUCUAUGGGAAUUAUCCUGUAUGAGUUCCUGGUGGGAUGUGUGCCCUUUUUCGGAGGCACUACAGAGGAACUUUUUGCACAAGUUAUUCACGAGGAGAUUGAGUGGCCGUUGGAGGAUGAGUGGCAGGGUCGGGAUGAUGCCAAGGACCUUAUCACUCGCCUGCUGACUAACAACCCAGUGGCCAGGCUAGGAACUACAGGGGCGCAGGAGGUCAAGGAGCAUCUGUUCUUCAUGGGGCUCAACUGGGAGAGCCUGCUGCGACAGAAGGCGGAGUUUGUACCCCAGCUGGACGAUGACGAGGACACUAGCUACUUCGACACUCGCACUGACAGGUACAACCAUGAGCUGGAGGCAGAGGACACGGAGGAUGAUGCCGAUGACCCCCUCUUCCACAGCUUCUCCUCCUGCAGCCCCCGCUACAACAAGGUCUACUCCAAGAUAGACGAGCUUCAUGAGGUACUUAGAGUCAAGGACCCUAACGAGAGAGACAGGCGCCGUCACUCCAGUGCUGACGACUUCCGUACACGAGUGUUGGAGAAGAGAGCUUUGGAGAGGAAGGACUCCAAUCAAUCAGAAAGCUCUGAGGGAUCCAUUGAAGUCAGGAACGCCUUCAGGAAGGAUAGCACAGACAGGCAGUCAGACACGACAGACUCCCGGACCGAUGCCAGUACCAUCAAAAUGGAUGAAGAUGUCUUCAGUGUUUCCGAAAUCAGCAUCCCUCGUUCCCGUGACAACACCAGCAUCUCAGACUCCUCUCAGACAGACAGUGACUCGUGUGGGUCCCCGCUCGUCACGAGAUCAAAGCCUUCAAUCAAAAACAUCAUUCCCCGCCUUGCCAUUUCGUCGGAGGAGGAGAGGUCAUGUGGCUCCAAAGAGCUGUCACCGGUGGAUGAGGCAAAGGAGAAGGUGGAGGAUAUCGAGAGGAAGAAACCGUCAGCAGGGACGUCGGCAUCGGCGUCAGCGUCAGUAUCAGGGGAGAAGUGUGGCAUGCAGAAGUCAGCGUCCGCAACUGCUCUCACUCUGCUUAUACAUUCAGGAGGUAGGUGCUGGCAAAACUUCAGCAUUCCAACCACGGUUGCCUCCCCUGGGGGGUCAGGAUCCAGCACCAGCUCCCGUGAUGGCUCCCCAAACCGCGACUCCUCCCCCAUUGCACGCAGCCUCAAACCACCAGUUGUUGUCAAGAGAGGUGCUCGUGGAUUUGGCUUCAACUUCCAGUCUAUCCGAGUGUACAUCGGCAAUACUGAUGUCUACACCAUUCAACACAUCGUCACGGAUGUGAUUAUCAACAGUCCAGCUUUUGAGGCAGGACUUCGGCCCGGUGAUCUGAUCACCCACAUCAACGACACUCUGGUGGAGAACCUGUUCCACACGCAGGUCGUGCAGCUCAUGAGCAGCGGCAAUGUCUUCUACAUCCGCAGCACACCCAUCGAGAACACCUCCAUCAGAACCGGUGCUCGCAAGAAGGGGUCACAUCCUGGAAAGAUGGCGCGAAGAUCGCUGAAGAAGAGACAGCGAGACAAGGGUGACAAGAAGAAGACUGGGAGGUCACUCCUGAGACGACUCAGCUCUAAGAAAGCAGAAGGCCACAUGGCCCAUCCAGGUUCACCAGGAACACCAUCCCGGGCUCUGGGAGGAUUCCGAGCUCAUUCAUCCAGUGACUGCACCCCGCCUCCAAAAUCGGGGCGAUCGCCUCCCCUCACAAUUCCCUGGACUCCUGACACUUCAGCCAAUAUGAGCUCCAACAGCAGUUCCCCUGGCUCGAGUGCUCCAAACUCGCCGGCCAACACAGCCCAUUUUGGCCGACCCAGCUCCUUGCACGUCGUCAACAAGCAUAAGAAGUCACAGAGCCUCAAAUCUCCUCACAGGAGAAAGUCAGUUCAUAAUAUCCCCCUCUCACCCCUCGCUCGCACUCCCUCUCCCUCCCCCCUUGCCUCUUCCCCGGCGCGCAGCCCCUCCCCCCUAGCAUGUGUUCAUGGGCAUCAGGUGGGAAGCUCCAACAUGCCUCAACAGACCAUCCCCUCCUAUCUGAACCCGACCUGCGGGGGACAGACCUCUACCCCGACCACGAAGAAAACCCUGACAAGGCCGAAGAGCUGUGAGCCUAGUUCCCCGUUACUGAGGAGGGCAUUGUCCCCGGACAGGCUGCACCCAAGUUCUGCUGAAAAACUGCCCGUCCAGAGGAAAGCUUCCCUUCAGGAGAGGAAAAACACUCUAGAUUUGUAAUCUAUUUUACUGUUAACUAGUAUGUUGUUUCAAAGGUGCUUAAUAACUGUGGUUGUACAUCCGCGAGAGAUUGUGUAUUAUUCCAAUAUUUUCAACAUGGAGCGUAUUCUACUGUCAGAAACGAAACCAAACCACAAGCUUGUUGCUGUUCAUAUGAAGUGCUGGGUGUUCUUAAGAGGAUUGGAGACGGGACCUCGUCAGCGUGGUCCUGGUUGUACAGUGGAGAUAUAUUUUGUAUAAGAUGUACAUAAUGUGUUGGCGAAGACCUUGUGAGGAAUCAUCCAUGACAGUAUGGGACUUCGUAUGGGAUGCAAUGAUGUGCUGGACACACGACUUCUGGAAGUGCUGGAGAUGUAAAUUAUUUUCUCGGAGGAUUGUUGCGUGUGGCCAAACAUUCCAAAAGUCUUUAGAAGUAUAUCGUUCAGGUCUUUGCUCAUGUGAAUUGGUCGACCGUUUUGAAGACGCUUUGAAGGAUGGUCAACAUUCACAUGUGGAUACGUGGUUGACAUUGACAAAUCAAAUGUGAUAGCACAGUGCUGGAUAGGAUUUCUUGAACAGAUUUAGUGGGAAUAGGAACUGAGUGUGUUUUGCUUGGACUUCCUGUACAAGCAGUUGUAGGUGGCAUUAUCUUGAUCUCAGUGGUGUGUGUGUUUCGGACAUUUUCAGUGGUCAGCUUGCCAUGAUACAGAGUUACGCUGUCUGUGAUUGGUCAACAAGGGAUGUAUAUCAAGUUGUCUCAUUGAAAUGUUAUUGACAAGCUUUUUUUACCAAUUCAGAGCCAUUUGCAAAUGAGUAUCCGUAGGAUUUUAAGUUAACUGUUAGCAAUGUCUUUGAUGAUCUUUACUUUUUCUCUUUAUAGCAGAAUAACAUUUGAUGAAGGAUAAUCUUUAUGAUCAAGAGUGGUUACUUAUUAAUGCUGAAUCAGAAGUUUUACAUUACACAUCAUGUAAAAAGUUGAUGGAUGGAAAAGUGGAAUUCAUUUAUAGAAAUAGGAAAUAUUGCUUCUUUACCUCAAGGUAUGCUGCUUCAAACCCCUUGUCUCACUUUAUUCCAUAUGCUUGAUAUUUUUUAAUAAAUGGUCCGUUCAUAAUCUACGUACAGUUGGAUAGGCUUGCAGCUAAAGACAUGCACAAAUUAAGUCAUAAUUGUUCAAUAUGCGUAAUACGAGGAGGCUCCCAUGAAAUGUUGCAAGACUCCUUUUGUGUACUGUAUACAUACUGUGAAUAUUGUAAAUCCUUUUGUGAAGUGCUUGUAAGUAUGUCAUUUGUAUAGAAAACAUUACACCACUCAGUUUUGAUUUCAAAGUACAUGUAGUUCGUUUUUUUUAAUCAAGGGACUGACUAUAUUGUGUCAAACUAUUUUUUCAACUUGAGUCUUAUGUACGACUUAAUGUUUUAACGUGUUUGGUGCUGAUUGUCCUUUUUUCAUGACUAUUUAUAUCAGGUUCAAAGGUCAUGUUUCAGAGACUUAAAAUUGCAUUUCAUGAUCAACCUUGUGGUUCAGGUUUGAAGACGUGUGUGGUGUAGGUUUGUCUGCAGACAAAAUGCCAGCUGGGACAAGAAAGAUACAUAUAUGCUAGUUGUGGGAUGGUUAAUGUCUUUUAUUAGUUAAGAAAAAUGACAGCUUCUUUUGUUGGUAGCCAGAUAAAUGUGUAAAAUGCUUAAUAUUGAAUUGACUCGUUUGCAAAUGAAAGUAACGUACAGGUAACUUGCAGAGGCUUUCUUACAUGUUACAUCCCACUGUAUGGCAAAAUGUACUUAAAAUACUAUAGCGAACACCCAAAUAAUUGAAUAUGGGUUAACAGAGCUAGGGCUUUGAUGUGUUUUUAUGUCUGUAUUUUGUUUUCUUAGAACACCCUCUCUGCAUUGGGUACACAUUUCUUAAGUAUAAGAGUUCUGAUAGUGAUAGUUGUGACAUGAAGAUCGCUUUGUGGUACAAGGCCCUUGGUCCCAGCUGUCGAGCUGUAGGAGUGGGUGUGGGUGUGUGAGUAUGUGGUCCUAGCUGUAAGCUACACAGUGUGUGUGUGUGGUCUCAGCUGUAGUGUCGAUGGGGACUACACUGGGGUAGGAGUGGGUGUGGUCCCAGCUUUAUACAGCUGUAGACUACACAGUGUAGAAGUGUGCGUGUGUGGUCCAAGCUGUAGUGUCGAUGUGGACUACACUGGGCAGGAGAGUGUGUAUGGUCCCAGCUAUAUACAGCUGUAAGCUACACAGUGUGGGUGUGUGGUCCAAGCUGUAGUGUCGAUGUGGACUACACUGGGCAGGAGAGUGUGUAUGGUCCCAGCUAUAUACAGCUGUAGGCUACAGGGUGUACAAGUUGGUUGGAGGAUCCCAGCUGUGUGCAGCUGUAGGAAUGGAUGAGUAUAUGUGUUUGACAUUUAUCUUAGCAGGAACCCCAUCAGUAUUCAUCUCAAUGUCUAAACUGUGAUCUGUACAACUCUAAUCUAUAUAUAGUCAUCUAGAAAUUCUCAGCUUGUUCUAUUUGGUCCCAGUGUUUGAUGAUAUGAAGCGUUUGGAUACAGUCUUCUCUUAGCAAAAACCACUAGUUUUGUCAGCUAAAUUGUUCUUUGUAAAGUCGCAAACUGUUGCUUUCUGUUCUCCAUUGGCUAUAGGUUUCAACCAAUGGAAAUGCAAGUUCUGAUGCGGGAUACACAAUGUAUUUGAUGUUGUAGAAAAUCGUCCCAUGGUCAUUACGGACGCUCACUUUGCUCAUUUAUGACGUUUGACAUGUCUUUCAAGCAUAUCAGUCACUGCCAUGUGACCCUGUUGGGAGGCCAUUUUACAUGCUGGAGGUUGGACAAAGGGAGGCAGAAAACACGAAAUUCAGAGAGUUGUUUCUUAUGGCCAAGGAUUGACUUUAGAUUUGGUACAAAAUACCACAGGUGAUUGCGUUUUAGUUUGUUUGGAUGUGAUCCUGAAAUACCGUAUUCGAUGUAAUAAGUGCCCAGGGCGCUCUCAAAAUUAGAAAUAGGGAGCUCUUAUUAGAAUAUUAUUUUGGUGAAAAAAACAGUGUGGAAAGAUAAAUUUCAUGAUUUAUGGUGACAGCCUGAUAUGUUUAUAUACAACAGAUAUAUUUUUCCAGAAUUUAAUUGCCCAUAAUUAAGGGUGCAUAUAACACACAGGUGCGUGGUAUACGCAAAUAAAUAAGUCUUGUGUACAUUGAUCAAUAAGAAGGAGUGCUUAUUGGGAUUGUUCACUAGCCAAUAUAUUAGCAAAUAUCGCUGUGGGCGCUUAUUAGAGCGGGGCGCUUAUUACGUCGAAUACGGUAGUUCAGUUGCCAUUAAAAGUCAUUAACAUUCCUUUGUGACACAACUCUCAGUGUAGGGAUAUGUUCAAUGGUAGCUCAACUCUUCUCAAACUUUCACAAUAUAUUGGUAUUUGUUGUAUACUACUCAACAUUUAUUGAGGACCAAAAGAGACAUCUUUAGUCGAAGGUGUGGUCCUUAGCAAAUGUUGAGUGGUAUAUGCUCACAAAGAUCAAUGACUAAGCUCUUGGUGACCUGUCUUGUGUAAGAUGGCCUGACAAGGGGAGACAACCCUGUGUAACCAUCAUUCUUGUACACUAUUAUCACUACUGUUAGCAUCGUAGCCCAUCAUACAUCCUGUCUUUCAUGUCCAUCAUUACAUAUUUCCCUGUUUAUAUAGCCACCAUGGGAUUUUUCAGUUGGUCUGAUCAGUGUUAAUAAGAUAUAUAUUUGAAUUCAUGUAUUUAGUAAAGCUGUGUAUUUUUGAUCAGGUGUUAGUAAUUUUUUACAGGAUUUUUCUAUUGUAUUUCACGUUAAGGAGAGUUUGUAAUUUGGGGGUAUUUGUUCCCUUUACCAGAUUUGUCAUCUUGCUGUAGAUAUGCUAGCCAAGGCUGCAUCAGUAGGGUGUAUUGCUAUGCUUCAAUGUCAGUCAGUACACGAUUUCAUUAGUUGGAAGUAAUUUCAUUUUGCACAUUUGCUGCAAUCAACUAUAUAUUUGUCCUACAUUUUCAACGUAGUUCGUUUGGUUCGUUUUGUUUUACUGAAAGUUUCGACUAAUAUCAAAUAUUAACGGGUGAAUGUUUAGUGUGUGCCUGUGUGAUGGGCAGGCAGCAGAAUGAUUCCUUUCGUCUCCUAGAUUCAGAUAAAUCAUCAAGGCCUGCCCAGGGCAAGCUGUGUAGAGUGUUUGUAGUACUGAGAAAUGGCAUUGAACUCUUAACUUGGUCACUCGGUUGUGUGACAACGACACAUAAGUUUCUUAAAGAAUUUAACAAAAGUUAAAUUAUUAUAAGCAACAAUACAACUGUUAUGUUUUGUUACUAUAUGGUUCUCAUUGCAUUAAUGGGUAGGGGUAUUUGAGCUUGGAAUUCAUUUUAAGGGUUAAUAAUUGUUUAUUUGUCAAUUGAAAAAUUAAGGGGACUACAGGUGACAAAUUUACAAAAGAAGCAAGGGGUUUGAAAAAAAUCUUCAAAAUUCAUUUUUCAUCUUUUGUAAUUUUAAUUUCCUCCUUGUAAAUUCCUCUUAUUGUACAUUGUAAAUAACACGCUUACUGCCAGUGUUGUCGCAAAUCACUGGCUUUGUAUGAAUUUUGUAUAAAAAUGUGUAUAGAAAUCGAUGAGUUGUACAUAACAUUGUUGCUGCCGAUCUUUGGCAUGUCAUUGACACUGAUUUCCUUGCUGUCACUGCAGUCCGCUGUGGAUCCAUCGCUCCGUCAUUAAACUGUGUUGUUAAUAUCAUUGA